AUGAGCAGAGUAAAUAAUAAGCGGAACUCGAGUAGUGAACAAUUAGAAAGCCUUGAUAGAGUGAGCCUAUGCAUUGUGAUAACCACAGUAACACUAAUCUUGCUGAUAGUGAUAACAGGAGUGAUAUGCCGCUUCGUCCUUGACGAACAAGUGUCCAGAAUCAUACUGAUAUGCCUAAUAUGCCUCCUGUGCAUCCUAGGUGCUGGAGCCCUGACAUUGCUUGAGGUACGUAGAAGAAGGAGCAGACGACAACGCAAGCAGACCUUGAGAGACAGGCGUUACCGGUACUUCCAAGCCACGGCGCCUCCACCUCCAUCACAACAGGACACUUCGUGGGAGUACUCGCAUAGAACGACCAUGCCUGCUUCGUGA